GUUCUUUUCUGCUUUCACAUAAACAUGAAAUUGUUCGCUUUUUUGACUGUGCUUUCUCUCGCCAUAAUGGCCGUUAGUGCCGGCGGCUAUGGAGGUGGAGUUGGUGGUGGUGGAUUUGGCGGCCGCGGAGGUGGACUUGGCGGUCGCGGAGGUGGACUUGGCGGUGGAGCAGGAAUUGCCAAUGCCCAGGCUUCUUCUUCCGCUGUGGCUAGUGGUGGUGGUCAUGGUGGUGGUAUUGGAUCCGCUCAAGCUUCCUCCUCUGCCAUUGCUCAAGCUGGUGGUGGUGGCGGAUUCGGCGGUGGCGGUUUCGGCAAAGGUGGAAAGGGAGGUUACGGUCGUUAAAUAGCACAAUUCCUUUGCUAAGCCCCUUAUUGAGACCAAACAUCAGGAAAAAUAAAUCAAACCUCAAAUUUAAACAAAACAAAAAAAAA